AUAUUCUCUCCAUUGGAUGUCUUCUUUCAACCCCACCAGACUUUUCUUUACAUUGUAGAGGCUGUACAUGGCAUCUGCAAGUCUUUUACUGUUUCUGCAGCAUCUGCUUUUUUGUUUGAUCAGUUUUAGUAUUGUUUAAGUGACUUAUGUAAACUGAUAACAUUUCAUUACCACAAUCAGUAUUGAAUCUCUGAGAGCUUAGUCUCAAUCAACAGUAAACAGAAAAACAGCUAGUAAUUCUGGGGGUUCUUUGGAGCUCCACCUAACUCUGUUCCAAUGUUUCCACUGCCUCACCUUCUUCUCAUUACUUCACCAGUACCAUCCGUGGGUCUCCAAGUACAGUCAGUGUCUUGUACCUUAAUCUGAGCUACACCACAUGUAGCCUUUCAGUGUAUUAGAAAAAUGAAUUAUUGUUUCUUUAAAUUCUGAAAUUGUUGGCUGAGAUAAAAGAAAGUUCUUGAUGCUUGAACUUACUGGACUCUUUCUUGAGCUAAAUGGGGAUGCUUUUGGCUUUCAUGUCGCUCAGUUAUUUCAUAAUUCUCAGCCCAUUGCCAGUUCAAGGAUCUGCAGCACCACUUCCCCAGCCAACAUUAACUUUUCCAACCAUUGGCCAAAAGAGGCAUGGAGGUCUUUCUGCAGCACCUCAAUCUAAAGCCUUCAGCUAUCCAGCACAUGUUUAUUACCCUCCAAGAACUGUGCUCAAUCAACACAAACACUUCAAUGCAACUUCACACAGACACCAUUUUAAGAAACCAACGAAUGGUUAUGUUUCUUCACCGACAGCCUCAUUUCAUAGAAACCACUGGAAGAGAAACAGGUUCAGCAAAUUUCCUCGUGAACCAUAUGAUCAGCUUUCUCCACUGGCAUCUAGUCCGAAAGAUACAUGGCAUGCAGUCUCCCCGUCUCAGCCUCCUCUUCCGUCAGCAGAGGGCAAGGGUGCACCAGCACUUGUGCCAUCACCAGCAAUACCAGCGAGUCAACUUAGAAUGCCAAGACCUAGACCUAUAAUCUCUCCCUCAAGUUCUUCAACAAGAAAGACCAUAAAGGCUCCAUCACCAUCUCCAAUUUUGACACUCCCUCCUCCACCUCCUAAUCACGACUGUUCGUCACUGACAUGCACUGAGCCAUUGACGUAUGCACCUGCUGGAUCACCUUGUGGCUGUGUUUGGCCUGUUGAAGUUAGCCUCCGUCUCAGUGUUACGCUAUAUACAUUUUUCCCCUUGGUUUCCGAGCUUGCUAAGGAAAUUUCUGCCGGUCUUUCUUUGAAUCGAAGCCAAGUGCGGAUCAUGGGAGCAAAUGCAGUGAACCAGCAAUUAGAGAAAACGAUUGUCCUCAUCAAUUUGGUACCUGAAGAUGAGCAAUUUGAUGCCACUACUGCAUUUUCAAUCUAUAGAAAGUUCUGGCAGAGAGAGAUUUUUGUGCAGACUUCGCUCUUUGGCAAGUACGAGGUGUUAUACGUCCACUACCCAGGUCUACCUCCCUCUCCACCUUCAUUGACCUCAGCAAGUGCUACUAUCAAUGACCAACCAAAUCAUGGGAUAGAUAAUGAUGGGAUGGCAAUCAAGCCUCUUGGAGUGGAUGUGCCGAGGAGAAGAAAGAACAGGAUUAGUAGAAAUGUGGUCAUUGUAAUUGUUCUAUCUUGUACCACAACUGUUGUUGUGUGCAUGGGACUUAUCUGGCUUUUGUUGUUAAAAUGUGGCUACUGCACAUAUGAAACUGACAACGAUCCAAAUCUUCUAAUAACAACUCACGUAAAUCCAGCAGGUGUAGACGGGUCCUUGAUGCUUGAAAGCAAGCCCACCUCAGAUUCAAUGUCAUUCAGUUCUAGUGUCUUGCAAUAUACUGGAACUGCCAAGAUAUUCAGUAUGACUGACAUAGGGAGAGCCACCGAAAACUUUCACGCUUCAAGAGUAAUUGGUGAAGGUGGUUUUGGAAUUGUAUACAGUGGCAUUCUUGAUGAUGGAAGGAAGGUAGCAGUGAAGGUUUUAAAGAGGGAUGAUCGGCAAGGAAGCCGUGAGUUUUUGGCAGAAGUUGAAAUGCUCAGCCGGCUGCACCAUCGAAACUUGGUCAAAUUGAUAGGUAUCUGCACGGAGGCCCAUUCUCGAUGCCUGGUCUAUGAAUUGGUCCCAAAUGGAAGUGUGGAGUCGCAUUUACAUGGACUUGAAAACGAGGCAAGUCCUCUUGAUUGGUGUGCUCGAAUGAAGAUUGCUCUUGGAGCAGCACGUGGUCUGGCCUAUCUGCACGAGGACUCGAGUCCACGUGUAAUACAUAGAGACUUCAAAUCAAGCAACAUUCUCUUAGAACACGAUUUUACAGCAAAAGUUUCGGACUUUGGCUUGGCUAGAACAGCAUUGGAUGAGAGAAGCAAACAUAUUUCAACUCAUGUCAUGGGAACUUUUGGUUAUCUUGCUCCUGAGUAUGCAAUGACUGGUCAUCUCCUAGUGAAGAGUGACGUCUACAGCUAUGGUGUAGUGCUCCUUGAGCUCUUAACUGGGCGAAAGCCUGUGGAUUUAUCACAACCCCCAGGCCAAGAAAAUCUUGUUGCUUGGGCUCGUCCGCUUCUCACAACCAACGAAGGUUUGGAAACAAUUAUAGACCCUACUCUAAAGCCAAACGCUUCAUAUGAUAGUGUUGCCAAAUUUGCUGCAAUUGCAUCCAUGUGUGUGCAACCUGAAGUAUCUCAUCGUCCAUUUAUGGGAGAAGUUGUUCAAGCAUUGAAGCUUGUCUGUGAUGAGUUUGAUGAAACAAGAGGAUUAAUGUCAAGAAGUUGCAGCCAGGAUGACUUUUCUAUUGACAUAGAUAGUAAGCAUAGCAGAAUUUCAGGUGAUAUAGGCGAAGCUUCUAUUGCCGAGUAUGCAGUGGAAGGCGUGGACUCGACUUUUGAAGACAAGAUAGCGUUGUCAACUAAUCUUGUACCUGCUGGCUUUGAAAGACAAGAAUCUGGAUCUUUUAGGAGACAAUUUAAUUCUGCUCCCCUAAAAAUGGUAAGAAAAAGGCGUUUCUGGGAACGCUUGAGGGGGCUGUCCAGUGGCAGCAUGAGUGAGCAUGGAUUUUAAUCAGUAUUACCUAUGAUGAGUCAAAGGCCCCAUUUAGGCAAUAAUUUUUUUCCAGAUUCAGUUUAUUGUUGCCCAAAGGUUUAAAGAUGCAAUCUGCAAGAAAGAGACAUACAGUAAAAUAUGGAGCUGUAAGAUCAGGCUGUUAUUUAGUAAUGGAAGGCUGUGCAUAUUGUGGCCGCCAUUUGUGCAAUUACCAAAUAAAAAUUGAAAUGUAGCCGCACCAUAUGGCACUCAGUGGAAGCUUCGUCUGAAAAAAUUCCGGAGCAAAAGAUGCAACUUUGUCUGGUUCAGUUUGUAAGUAAUCUUCGGCUAAGCAGGACAAGACAUCUCAUAAGUUUCCCCAUAGUCAUUUUGCAAAGAGAUCAUGCACUUGUCUUUGUAACCUUAGUUACUGUUAUUGAGCAAGAAAGUGCAUGGCUUUAGAGCUAUUUCACAAUCCUUUUUUGAGGGCAUCCAAAUCUCUGAAGUUUGAAUAGAGCUGUCAUCCAAGAGUACCAAGAUGUGUAAUCAUAUCCCCUGUAUAUAGACCUCAUUGGCUAUUUGAACCUGCAUAAAUAUUCUAUUUCUGAUGGACCUGAUAUUCUGUAACUGAGACGUCUGAACUAUACCCAUUAUUAUCCUUUUAACUAUGGUUAUUCUCAUCACUAUUAUUACUCGUAUAAUAUUUGCAUUACCUAUUACAGCAAUAAAA